UUCAGAUGUCAAUGCCUUUGAGAGAACAGAGCGGAGCGGGCGGCGUAGCCUCCAUUGCCGUCUCUGUUCCGUUGCAGGCAAAUAGAAACGUAGUUUUAAUUCCUUUCACUAUGUGCAAGCAGAUGUUGUGGCUCGCAGUUCGAAGAAAGGUGUUAAUACACUCUUCAAUCCUCAUAUUUCAUUAAUUCCUUUAUGCUUAGAAUGUCAUUGUUUUUCUGAAAUGGAGAUGAAGGCCGAUCCAAAUGGGUUCUUGUUUGAAAUUCCUAGUUACGAGAGCUCAAUUUCACCCGGCCAACAGUUGAUCUUUGGGGUAGCCUCAAGGCCAAGAGUUACAAUUGAGGGAGGAGCAUGGAAGUUUUUUCAAAGUAAAAUUGUUGCCAGAGCCAUAUUAGAUUCCAUAGCGCGAAGAUGUGCGCAUCCAAAAGGGAAGAACGAAACUCCUUGAUGAAAUCUCUGGUUCCUUUGCCCUAGUUGGGUUUCUUCAUGUAGAAUGAUCGCUGGCGAAGGAACCUGCACUCCAACAGGUUAUGUCAUACACCGAAGUCUUUGUUUCUUCACUAGUUGAUUGCAGGGCCCAACGAAACAGCCUUAACUUUCGCGUACAAGAUGUUCACAACGUGUGUUAGGCGCGUGGCGCCCAACUGUCAGUCACAGUCUCGCUCUCAUUGAUCUCAUCAAUUCAUCCACAUCGAUUGCUUCUACUAGGAGCCUUUGAACGCUUGGCUUCAUGGCUUCUUUCCUUUUCUUUAAUUAAUAAUUAAUUAAUAAUAAUACACAUACGCAAAUAUAUAUAAUAAUGAUAACUCAUCUCCGAUGACCGAUCUGUUUUUGUUCCUAUCCCUUUUUUCCUUUACCCCAUUCCUUAUUUGCAUUUCAAGGCACUGUUUCUUCGCCGGAUAAAUCACAAGCUUACUCCAGUUCUCGAGUUCAAUUGGAAGUCAAUCUAAUUCCUUUUGCUUCAUUCGGUGAUGGGAUUUUCUGGGAUUUGUAUUUGAAGUGAUAUUCUCUAAGUGAAGUAAUAGAAAGAGUUGAAGUCAAAGACACAGAGAUGGAUAUAAUGGAGAUAUCGAUAAUGCAUCAUGUGGGCAUUGUACUGUUUUUGCUUUGGUUGCUUUCUUUCUUCAAUCAAUGCCACCCAAUUGCCUACUUCAUUUCUUUGAUCUAUCUUUUCGCGGUUCAUGAGAGGUAUGUUGUGAGAUUGAGGAGGAAAUUGCAGUUCCAUGAAAGAAAGCAAGCUAAUCAGAAGAGAGUGCUCUCUGAUUCUGAAACUGUUCGGUGGUUGAAUCAUGCUAUGGAAAAGAUAUGGCCCAUUUGCAUGGAGCAGAUUGCAUCGCAGAAGAUUCUACUCCCCAUUAUACCUUGGUUCUUGAACAAGUAUAAGCCAUGGACCGCUAAAAAGGCUGUGGUUCAACACAUGUAUUUAGGAAGAAACCCACCACUGCUCACGGAAAUGAGGGUUCUUCGCGAAUGCUCCAGCGAUGACCACUUGGCAUUGGAAUUGGGAAUGAACUUUUGCACCGCAGAUGACAUGAGUGCAAUACUUGCUGUCAAGUUAAGGAAAAGGCUGGGAUUUGGAAUGUGGGCAAAGUUGCAUAUGACAGGCAUGCAUGUCGAAGGGAAGGUCUUGAUUGGAGUGAAGUUCCUUCGCCAUUGGCCUUUCCUUGGCCGUUUGAGGGUAUGCUUUGCUGAGCCACCUUAUUUCCAAAUGACUGUCAAACCUAUCUUCACUCAUGGGCUUGAUGUUACUGAACUUCCAGGGAUUGCUGGAUGGCUAGACAAGCUUCUGUCAGUUGCAUUUGAGCAGACACUUGUUCAGCCCAACAUGCUAGUUGUGGAUGUGGAGAAAUUUGCUUCUGCAGAGCCAGAAAGUUGGUUCUCCGUGGAUGAGAAGGAACCCAUUGCUUAUGCCAAAGUUGAAGUUGUGGAAGCUUCUGACAUGAAACCAUCUGACUUAAAUGGAUUGGCUGAUCCAUAUGUUAAAGGACAACUUGGCCCUUACAAAUUCAGGACAAAGAUACAAAGGAAAACUCUGGCUCCAAAAUGGCAUGAAGAAUUCAAGAUCCCCAUUUGCACAUGGGAUUUGCCUAAUGUGCUAGCUAUUGAAGUUCGUGACAAGGACCGUUUUGUUGACGAUUCUCUUGGGGAUUGUACUAUUAACAUCAGUGAUCUUAGAGAUGGUGAGAGACAUGAUAUGUGGUUGCCACUCCAGAAAAUUAAAAUGGGGAGACUGCAUCUUGCCAUAACUGUGCUUGAAGAAAAUAUAAAGGGGGGUGCUAAUUUUUUUGAUGGAGAACCAUUGAGGAAGGAAGAAAUGGGAGAUUCCUUUACCAGUGAGACUGCAAAUAGUGCUUCUUUUUCAUCCAGAACAACAGACAAGUCUCCUGAUAAUUUUGAGCCUAUCAACAUUGAAGGGCAAGAAGGAACUGGGAUAUGGGUCCACCAACCUGGAAGUGAAGUGUCGCAAACUUGGGAGCCUAGAAAAGGGAAGAGUAAGCGCCUCGAUAAUCAAGUUGAUGGAGUUCCUGGUGAUUCAUUUGGUGGAACUCAUUCCGGGCCCCUUAACAAUGAGAGUAGCAGUAGUGACGAGAACACAGAGGGUAAACGUACAAUGAACAAAGUCCGACAUGGUUUACAUAAGCUCAGCUCAGUAUUUCGCAGAGGUCCUAAAAAUGAGGAAAAUUCAGGCAGAAACGAGGAGACUGUUCAAUCUCCUUAUGCUAACAUUAAAGCAGUUAAUCAUAAGGAGAUUGGCGUGAAGUUCAUAGUGGAAGACACCCUUCCUGCAUCUGCAGUAGUUAAGAAUCCAAAAGAAGUUAAUUUGAGUCCUGAGGGAAGUGGGUCAGAGAGUCCAGGGAAGGGAAAUGUCAAAGGCAUGGCGAAGAGUAUUUUGAAACGCGCAGAGAAGUCUGCUCGCAACAUAAAGCAUGUACUUUCCCGGAAAGGGUCACGAAAAUCUCCAAGUGGUUUAUCUGAUGUAACAGAACAAGAAAUAUCUCCAGAGUCUGAUUCUUCUGAUGAUGAAUCUCUUACAUCCCCUCAAGUUCAAAGAAUCCCAGUUGUUUCUAGUUCCACAUCCUCUAGUUAUGGCAAUGACCUUGAUGAUAAAAUCAAGGAGAGAGUUGUCCAGGCUGGUUCAAGCGAGUCUGCAGAGGACCAAAUGAAGAAUGUAGAUGUCGAAGGCCUGGAGAGAAUAGACGAGAAUGAGGUAGCCAGCAGCAGCUCAAAUGGCGGUAAUGGACUGGAGGAGUUGUCAGAACCUCAGCAAACCGGAAAGAAAUUGGAUGGUAAUGGACUGCAGGAGUUGUCAAGCCGUCAGCUGCCUGGAAAGAAGUUGGAUGAUAAUAGGCCAGAGGAGUUCUCAAACACUGAGGUACCUGAAGAUAAAUCUGAAGGAGAAAUGAGGUCAGGUGCUGAAAAUGUUUCAUUGUAAGUCACUAUAGAUGAGAAAGUAUGAUACAAGUUUUUUGAUAAUCUUAGUACAGCACAGCUGAACAUGGUAUACUUGUGUGUGAUAGUAAAUAGUAACAUUUUUCUGUAAAUUUCCUUUGUUUUUUUAGUGGAAAAGUUGAAGUUGGUGCAUGGAAA